UUCAAAAGUCACCACCAUGAAAAAGAUAUGUGUCUUAUAAAUAUACCCGUCAAACUUGCUCCCUUUAAGUGCAUAUGUACUUGCAUUGCGUAAAAGGGUCCCCUUCCGAAAUCUAGCUUUCAUUCAUUCGUUCAUGCAGUUACAAAACACAUACAUCCGUUUGCCCAUCUUCCCUCCAUUUCCGUUUUGACGACACAUUAAAGAAAUAUUUUCAAGUUUUGUAUCCAAAUUUUUGUUGCCAUGGAUACUAAAAGUGUGAUUUUGAUAUUAAUUUUUACCCUGGGUUUAAUCAGUACAAGUGAAAGUCGUUGGUCCACCACGUCGUGUUAUGUGUGUCGAUCUAAUGAACACUGUGGCGACCCAUUUCGCAAUUCUCCCACAAACGAAGACAGAAUUUCCUUAUUGGACCCCGUGACCGUUUCGUAUUGUCCGUCUGGCUGGUGUAGCAAGCAAAUUGAGGGGAUUCGUGGAAAAUUUGAGGACGAUGAUGAACCUGAUCCCGUAACGGAUCGAUUCUGUCUGGGGAAAGCUCCCCCACACGAUAAGGAGGGUUGCGUAGAGAUGGAAAUUAGCAGAAAAAUAUGGCUCUUAUGCCAUUGUAAGGGGAAUUUGUGUAAUAAGGCGACAUUUUCAAGUGAGAUUAAUUUAAGGGUAGUGUUAUUCAGUCUUUUCAGUAGUUAUGUUAUUAUGCGUCAUUUCUUAACUUUCGUGUAAAUAUGUUAUUUAUUUAAAGAAUUUUUCAUGAAUCACGCAUCACAUUACGUACCCAAGUGUGGCAUACUCGUAGUGUACGGAAAUUCUAAGCGAUAAAUCAGGAUUUUCAUAGUAUGUAUGUGGAUUACACAAUUUAUGAACCGUCCAAUAAUAUUGGUAAAUAUGUGUAUAUUACGUCUGUAAGUUUAUUUAUAGGAAAUGACAAAUAUAAAAAACUAGUCUUUUUUGACGAACA